AUGAGCAAUUUAUCAAGUUUAUCUUGUGAAGAUGAGGAAUUGGAAAGUAAAGAGGAAACUGCGCAACAAUGGAUAUUUCGUCAUUUGGUAGAAUUUACUGAUUGCGAUGAUAUAAGUGCAAAGACCUUGGUCGAUGGCGAUUGUUCGCCACUUAUUUCUCUUCUCACGGAUAUGACACAGUCAAAAACAUUGUUCAUAACCGUUUCCAAACCAAUCGUCGAAAAUCAAUCGGAUUCAAAUGAGGCAAAUGUGACAUCUCUGGUUGUUGAGGUCCCAGCCAAAAUUGCCAACGAUUUCUCGAAAGAUAAAAAGAAACGAAAAAUGAGGAAGAAGAAAAAAAUUACCAAAAAGAGUUCGAAGAAAAAAUUUAAAAAACCAGAAAAGAAGGUCGAAGUUCCACCAAACCCUGAGCCAAUUACAAUUGUGAUCGAUCAUGUGGCUGACAUGAUUUUUGAGUGGUGGACAAAAGAUGAGUUACCAACCGCUGAGCAAUUUGUUUUCAUUAUACCAAAAGCUCAAGCUCCCAACAUUGAUGCUAAUUUAGACGAGCUUUAUCACAUAGGCUAUGUGAAAAACCAUAAGCUGUUAAGGUCGGCCCUAAAAUGUGUCGAUGUGAUUUUUGGCAACGAUGUGGACUAUGAGAUGAAAAUUGAUUUACUGUUGUUGAUCAAUGGCAUUGAAGACCAUAAAAAGACAAAGGAUCUAAUGUUCGAAAGGUUUAUUCUGGAGAAUAUUGCCCGAAAUUAUAACUUGGAUGGCCGAGUGAGGAAUAUUGAUUCUGAUUCUAGUCAGCCGGAAACUGUAGAAUCGCCGAGGAUUCGAAUACAAUUAUCGUUUUUUGACAUUGAAUAUCUUAGCACAUUUCCAGCGAUUCCAGUGACAGCAAAUCGUCUGGAACGGGCGUUGGAUGUUGUCACCCUCCUUGACUUUUUAUAUGAGGAGAGUGUACUUGAAUGGAAUAGGAAAGUUUAUUUAUAUCUUCUUGAUUUGUUUUCAACUAUUCUGGCGCAUGAGAUUACCCGGAAGUCGGAUUACAUGAUUCAUUAUUCACCAUCAACCGUAGUUGAGCCCAUAUGUAGCAGUUUCAAAGGUGUUGUGCAAAGAUUGGUUAGUGUGAGUCGCGUCAUAUUCGAUUCCCAUGAAGAUUUGGCAGCUACCGACAAAGUCUCCUUCUCAUUUUACAUUGUCAGCAUUCUGGAGGAAGAAAUUGACAGCAUUAUUGAGAAAGUGAAGACAAUUAACAGCGAGGAUAAGGAUAUGAGCAUGGAUCGAAGCGCGAUUGAAGCAACGAAUGUGAUAUUGAGGGAGCUUGACACAUUCUUACAAGAGAAAUGCUUGGAAUCCGCUGUUGAAAGCGGAAAUCUGGAAUCACUCCGAGGUCUCGCAGCGAUCAUUGUGAAGCAUAAUAAAAAAUUGGAAAGAGUUUUGGCUUUAUAUUGCUAA